AGUGAUGAAUACAGCUUCGUUUUCAAAAAAAGAAGUAAUUGGUUUAAGAGGCGAUCUAGUUCAUGACUCAUGUGGUUUCUCAGUUUGCUGCCAGCUAUGUUUUCUAUUGGAAAAAUUACUUUGAGGACCAGCCUCUUUUGUAUCCACCAGGAUUUGAUGGACGUGUCGUACUCUAUCCUAGUGACCAGAAUCUAAAGGACUAUCUCAGUUGGAGACAGGCUGAUUGCCACAUUAAUAAUCUAUACAAUACAGUAUUUUGGAGUCUUGUACAGACGAGUGGCUUGACACCUGUGCAGGCACAAAAGAGAUUACAGGGAACACUUGCAGGUGAUAAGAAUGAAAUUUUAUUUUCUGAAUUCAGCAUUAACUACAACAAUGAACCACUGAUGUACAGAAAGGGAACGGUUCUAGUGUGGCAAAAGGUAAAUCAAGUUAUUAGGAAAAAAAUUAAAAUUCCCAAAGAAACAGAAGAGAAGGAAAUUGAAGUGACCCGGGUAAAGAAUACACCAGUACCUUUGCAUUGUGACAUCAUUGGAGAUCAAUUCUGGGACCAGUAUCCUGAAAUCCUAGUUGAUGAUAGCUGACUUUCUGUUUCUUAUCUGGAUUUUGCUGUGAAUGACUCUGUAUAGUUUGUUCUGCAAGGAUCAUAUCAGGGAAGAAGAAUGGAAAAAUUGUAUGGCCCAAUAUGGGUAUUACAGUAUAAACAAAUGCAGUAUCCA